AUCGCCCCGGGACAGUAAAAACAAAAAAACCCAAGAAACAUGCAAGGUGGCCGGGGUGGAGUCAGCAGCAGCAGCCUCCUCUCUCUCUCUCUCUCUCUCAGUCUCUACGUGAGCUCAGCAUUUUGAUUUUCUUUAGCCUCCAGCUUCACUCAGCUCUCGGCCUUUUUAUGUGAAGAAAGAGCACAUUUAGGGGAUAUUCCCACACAUAUUUCAUCGCCUUUUUUAAAAACCGAAGACCAUCAGACAAACAGCAUGGGGGGCUACGAGGAGAAAAAGGAGACAUGUGGAACCAUCUGCCUGAAAUACGUCCUGUUCACCUUCAACUUUCUCUUUUGGUUGGCAGGGGGUGUCGUAAUGGCGGUGGGCGUUUGGACCUUGGUCGAGAAGAGCGACUACAUCAGCCUCCUCUCCUCCAAGACCUACGCUGCCUCCGCCUACAUACUGGUCCUGGCUGGAGCCAUCGUCAUGGUAACAGGCGUGCUGGGCUGCUGUGCCACCUUCAAGGAGCAGAGGAGGCUACUGCGAGUGUACUUUGUCCUGCUGCUGUGCAUCUUCCUGUUGGAGAUCCUGGCUGGCGUCCUGGCUUAUAUCUACUACCAGCAGUUAAACGAGGAGCUGAAGCAGAAUCUGAGGGAGACCAUGACCCAGAAGUAUCAGCAGAACACCCAUGAGCAAAUCACCAGGGCUGUAGACAAGCUGCAGCAGGAGUUCAAGUGCUGUGGCAGCAACAGCUCAUCCGACUGGGCCGAGAGCGUCUGGAUCCGCUCCCAAGACGCCAAGCACCGAAUGGUCCCUGACAGCUGCUGUAAGACUCCCACCGAGCUCUGCGGCAUCAGGGACCACCCGUCCAACAUCUACAAGGUGGAGGGCGGCUGCAUCACCAAACUGGAGAAAUUCAUCUUGGACCAUCUGAAGAUCAUCGGAGCAGUGGGUGUUGGGAUUGCCUGUGUACAGAUCAUAGGGAUGGUGUUUACAUGCUGCCUAUAUCGAAGUCUGAAGGCAGAGCCGUACUAAGAGAAGCAGAAGAAGAAAAAGUGUGUGGGUGAGGGAGGUAACUUCAUCACCGCGUCAUACUCAAAUAGCCCAUAGGUUCUUUUCUUUGCCUUGCACAUAGGGGAAGAAAAAUUUGGCGAGGGAUCAAAUUGCACAUCUGAGGAUCUCAUUUUGGUAAACAAAGGGUGGAAAAACACUACGAGGUAUCUUGAAGUAAUUAGGCACUCGAAUUGCAGUCUCAGCUACAUCUUCGAGAUUACAGCGCUGUGAGAAUAAAAAAACCUCUGAGAGCGACUGAUGGGGAGUUUUAACACAGAUCGUGUGGGAUACUAAAUAGUCUCUGGGACCAAAGCAUUGUAGUUUUCUUCCACUCAGAGUCCCUUGAUGUACAUUUAUGCUUGUAGACCAGGUGCUGCACCAGGGAGUGGUGUAAAGAUCGGUGGAGUAAAACUGGCACUUUGCAGAAAAUGUUAAUCCUGGUCGCAGCAGCUUGCCUACACCCAGCAGCACGGUUUAACAAGCCUACCUCUGGGGCCUCCUUCAUCUGCAAGAGCAUUUUGUUUCCACGCUACGUACUCAGUCAUGCAUUUCACAUAUUCGUUCGAUAGCGGCCUUUUUAAACUCUUGAGCUGUUAGGUUUUAUAUCUUGUAAAUGAAUAUUUUCUGUAACACUUGAGGGGCUUUCUUUUGAGCUGUAAGGUGUGUCUUCAUAGUGACAUGUCAGUGUUUUUAAUCAUGUUUUUAAAUCAACAAGAUCAAAGAUCUGCUGAGCAGAACACAGUUAUCCGUUAAUGCCUUGUUAAAAAACAGAAAGGUACAUUCAGUCAGGAUCCAGCGCUGCAGCGAAAACCGAGGUUAUUCCAUCCAAGAACCAGAAGCUGAGCCGGAUCUAACUUUUAGAAAAGGUCGCCUGGCGGCUAAUCAGACAUUCAGACUAGUCCAAUCUCCACAAAUGUCACUGAAACUGGUGGAUUCAUGGACUAAACUCUGAUACUCUGCCUGUUGUUGUGUUUUGGCUUUGUCAUAAUUACACUGCACAAAGAAGUGUAGUGACACAAAGAAGUGUAAUUUGGUUUGUGUCCGAUGGUUUGAGAGGGCAUUGGUCGAGUGACAUAGACAUUGAAUGAGAGUGAGGGAGCACCAGCAUCGAUAAAGCCGGUUAAUCAGCGAAAUAAAAAGGUUCCCCGUUCCCGUCAACCCAACACUCCGCCGGACAACCGCCUGAUCUUUACUGAAUGUACCCGACCUGUGCCAUUUGACACAAAAACGCCAGUAUUUCAGCCAAUGUGUAAUGUCUGAUGUUAAUGAAGUUUGUGUUUAUGAUUCCUACAAGCAGUGUCACUUACAUCGCUCAUAAGAAAGUGCCUCAUGUUUUCUUUUGUAUACAAGGGAUUUCUCCACUGAUGCCAAAGUUGUCCAGCGUAACUUUGUGUAAGGACCUACUGUAUCCAGCCUUAUUCACUUAUCUACUGAUGUCACUCUUUUUAGAUUGUUUCUUUCAUAAAUGAAGAUUUUGUUUACUUUUCUAUAGACCAUGAAUAUAUUAUUGUAUUUAACGAGACACGUGGUAUGAAAUGAUACUCUCUCACUGUUUAGCGUUGAUCUUUUUUCGUAUGUGCCUCAGAGACAAACACUGAAUUAAUCUGCUGUAUUUCUGUCUUUGUGAUAAUGCAGAAAUAAUUUUUAGGUUGAAUAAACGUUCAUCAAUAACACA